GGCAGCCCCCAUGAAAAGGAAUUUGUUGUCAUUUUUUAAAUUUAUUGUAUUCUUCGUGUCAUCGUUAAUAAUAAACAAUGUCAUUGGUGAAAAUUCGCAUCAUUUGCACGAAUACUUCCUCUGCCGGAAAUGUGGGCGGGAGAUUGUGGAGUUAUCCAACCUGAAGAAUGUCCCAAGCUCAGUGGCGCUCAGACAGAGAAACGAGACCCUAGGGCAUAAAGAAGAGGUCCUGGUACAGCUCUUCAAAAACCCACAAAAUGUGUUCUAUGAAGUCAUAACUGCUACUCAAGCAAAUGUGUUCAGAGCAAGUCAGGAGACGGGAGGGGACACAUGGUGGCCUGGUUUUAACUGGAUCAUUCUGGGAUGUCCACAGUGCAGGCAACAUAUCGGAUGGGAAUACAUUCCACAGUCUAAGAAUACAGAUGAGGAAUCAUUUCUAGGGCUAGUUCUGGGCAACUUGCUCUACGAGAAUGCUGAUGAACUGAUAGUUUUACCAAAGUCGUACAAAAGCUGACAUCGGCAAUUGCGUUGUUCAUGGGAAACCAGCUGUAGGGAUGUUGAUGACACAGUGGGGAUGGCUUGUUUUCCAUUAUGAUGUCGAAAUUUGAACAAUACCAUCAGUUAUAGUUAAAGAAGGCUUGUCCUGGAAUGGUUUUAUCUAAAAUCCAAGAACUUAUAUAUCAGUGAUUCACUUUUAAAGAUUUGAAGCUAUUUACAGUCCAUUUGUAAAACUUUCUGUAAAGUUGAAAUAAGUUUCACUGAGUGAAUACAGAGAACAAAAUGUUCAGGAAUGGAGCAUUCAAUAACACACAAGCUUCAGUACAGUAAGCUUGUAACAGGAUACGGACAUGCCUUCCAAAAACCCACCCCCACGCUUCUGCUCAGACUUUUAAAUAGGUUUAUAGCUUUUAUUUGGUUGAUUUGAUUGAUGACUCACAUAAAACAAAAGAGAAAACAAUAUGUGUGACAUUGUUGAGACUGAAAUCCAAGAUGGCUUAAACUUAGUCUAGAAUCAAGUGAAUGUGUUAAAUGUUCUUACUGGUAUCUAAAGUAAUAAUCAGUGAGUAUUGUGACUUUAGGUCCAACGUUUAGCCUCCAGUGUGCAUGGAGGUUGUUUAUUUAGCCAACCAUACCAACAUAGUAAAAAUAAUUUUGUUUUGACUGAUUUAUAUUAUAGAGCUGUCAAUGUAAUGGUUAAAUCUACUCAUGGUGCCAUAUUUAUAUUGUAUAUAUAAUAUAGUUUACUAUCAUCUCUUAUGGGAUGUCUCAUGGAAGGCUUGACAGCUGCUGAUGUCCAUGUGUUUGUUUCCCCAUAAUAAUAUAGUGUAUAUUUGAGCAGGAACUGGGGCAUUAUUUUGGCUCAAUUUUAUUGUUUCUUAAAAUUAUGAUUGUGGAAUGAGGGUAAAAAUCUCUGAUGUUUUUUGUUGUUCUUAAUAGCAAAUGGUUCUAUUAAAUUCAUGUUAGUCAUUAUGGUGGCAUUUUUUACUUGUCUUUUUUCCCCCAAAAAAACAAGACGAAAGUAUUGUGACAGCCUUGAUGUCUUCUAUGUUGACAUUAUUCUAAACUUUCAUCCUUGGAAAUAUAUUCAAUUGAAACUUGAACUUGAACACACAUUGCAAGAGCCAGCAAGACCCAUAACUCUGACCUACUGUAAAUAGGCAUGUGCACAGCAAGACCCAUAACUCUGACCUUCUGUAAAUAGGCAUGUGCCCAGCAAGACCCAUAACUCUGACCUACCAUAAAUAGGCAUGUUCCCAGCAAGACCCAUAACUCUGACCUUCUGUAAAUAGGCAUGUGGACAGCAAGACCCAUAACUCUGACCUACCAUGAAUAGGCAUGUGCCCAGCAAGACCCAUAACUCUGACCUACCAUAAAUAGGCAUGUGCCCAGCAAGACCCAUAACUCUGACCUACCGUAUAGGCAUGGGUACAGCAAGGCCCAUAACUCUGACCUUCUGUAAAUAGGCAUGUGCCCAGCAAGACCCAUAACUCUGACCUACCGUAAAUAGGCAUGUGCACAGCAAGACCCAUAACUCUGACCUACCAUAAAUAGGCAUGUGCCCAGCAAGACCCAUAACUCUGACCUACCCUAAAUAGGCAUGUGUACAGCAAGACCCAUAACUCUGACCUACCGUAAAUAGGCAUGUGCACAGCAAGACCCAUAACUCUGACCUACCGUAAAUAGGCAUGUGUACAGCAAGACCCAUAACUCUGACCUCCUGUAAAUAGGCAUAUGCACAGCAAGACCCAUAACUCUGACCUACCGUAAAUAGGCAUGUGCACAGCAAGGCCCAUAACUCUGACCUUCUGUAAAUAGGCAUGUGCACAGCAAGGCCCAUAACUCUGACCUUCUGUAGAUAGGCAUGUGUACAGCAAGACCCAUAACUCUGACCUACCAUAAAUAGGCAUGUGUACAGCAAGGCCCAUAACUCUGACCUUCUGUAAAUAGGCAUGUGUACAGCAAGACCCAUAACUCUGACCUUCUGUAAAUAGGCAUGUGGACAGCAAGAACCAUAACUCUGACCUACCGUAUAGGCAUGGGUACAGCAAGACCCACAACUCUGACCUACGGUAUAAGCAUGGGUACAGCAAGGCCCACAACUCUGAACUACCAUAAAUAGGCAUGUGUACAGCAAGACCCAUAACUCUGACCUACCAUGAAUAGGCAUGUGUACAGCAAGACCCAUAACUCUGACCUACCAUAAAUAGGCAUGUGUACAGCAAGGCCCAUAACUCUGACCUACCGUAAAUAGGCAUGUGCCCAGCAAGACCCAUAACUCUGACCUUCUGUAA